AUGUACGGCAGCGAGGAGAACAUGCAACGGCUGAACAACGUGGGACCGAACCCGGACUUCAGCACCUUCUCCUGGGCGGUCUCGGAGCGCAAGUGCAGCGUGCGCAUCCCGGGACACGUGCACAAGGCCGGGAGGGGCUACCUGGAGGACCGCAGACCUGCCGCGGACUGUGACCCCUACCAGUCCCUUUGCUCCUCACUCUUCGGUCCCUGUGCUCCUCACUCUUCAGUCCCUGUGCUCCUCACUCUUCAGUCCCUUUGCUCCUCACUCUUCGGUCCCUUUGCUCCUCACUCUUCAGUCCCUGUGCUCCUCACUCUUCAGUCCCUUUGCUCCUCACUCUUCAGUCCCUUUGCUCCUCACUCUUCAGUCCCUGUGCUCCUCACUCUUCUGUCCCUUUGCUCCUCACUCUUCAGAGACCCUCAGGUCUUAGACGAGAUGUCGCUGGGGCCUCAGACCCUGUGUCUACAGAGGAUCGCAAUGAGACCGUACCUGGCCCUCCCCCCGUCCCACUGUCAGGUCACAUACAUUUGGAUCAACUCCUCCGGCACCGAACCCAUGUCCAAGACACGGAUCAUGCAGAACGAGCCCGAGAGCCUGGAAGAGGUGCCGGUGUGGCGUGGCGUGCACAAGAGGGAGCUCAGCCUGGUCCCGGUCGCCAUCUUCAGGGACCCCUUCAUUCGGGGCCCGCACAAAAUGGUUCUGUGCGACGCCAGGAACCGGGACGGGACCCCAGCAACCGGGAGCAGGAGGGAGGAGUGUCUGCGGGUUAUGGAGGCUGUGAAGGAUCAAAAACCCUGGUUUGGGUUUGAACAGGAGUUUGUGCUGAAGACUCUGGAGGGACUGCCCUUCGGCUGGUCCAGCGCCACAGCGCCCCCUGCAGGGGCCUCGGCGCAGGUGGGACUAGAGCGAGUGUUCGGUCGUGACAUCAGCCUCAGUCACUACAACGCCUGUGUCUACGCCGGGAUAAAGAUGGCGGGAGCGGCGGGCGAGGCCAUGCCAGCACAGUGGGAGUUCCAGGUGGGCCCCUCUGAAGGCAUCGCUCUGGGGGACCACGCCUGGAUGGCUCGUUACAUUCUCCUCAGAGUGUGGCUCUCGCUGGGCCAACGGGGGGGUCACAUGAACUUCAGCACCGAGAGCAUGAGGGAGGAGGGAGGCCUGAGGUGUAUCCACGAGGCCAUCGAGCGCCUGUCCCAGCGCCACACGCAGCACAUGGCGCUGUACGGAGGACCCGAGAACCAGCAGCGCCUCAACACCAUCGGCAUCAACUCCGACUUCAACACCUUCUCCUGGGCCACGGCCAACCGCAAAAGCAGCGUGCGUGUCCCGGGACAUGUGAGCCAGCGGGGGCAGGGCUACCUCGAGGACCGCCGACCAGCCGCGGACUGUGACCCGUACCUGGUCUGUAAGGCCCUGGUCCAGACCUGCUGCAGCCCCGGAGCCAGGACCUGA